UUCUGCCGUCUUUCGUCGCUAGAUGGCAGUAAUGAUAUCCGGUAGAGCACAGGAAAUGACCUUCUCUCGAAAGUUAACCUCUCUUAUUGAAGUUUUGUGAGACACACGUUUUAACUUUAUAAGGCAAGAUGCAAAUUUUCGUGAAAACUUUAACGGGUAAGACAAUUACCCUUGAAGUAGAAGCAUCGGAUACGAUAGAAAAUGUAAAAGCAAAAAUUCAGGAUAAAGAAGGGAUCCCACCAGAUCAACAAAGAUUGAUUUUCGCUGGCAAACAACUCGAAGAUGGACGAACUCUCUCCGAUUAUAAUAUCCAAAAAGAAUCCACUCUUCACUUAGUUCUUCGUCUUCGAGGUGGUGUAAUUGAGCCUACUUUGAAAAUUCUUGCUCAGAAAUACAAUUGCGACAAAAUGAUUUGUCGUAAGUGCUAUGCUCGUCUUCAUCCAAGAGCAACUAAUUGCCGAAAGAAGAAGUGUGGACACACAAAUAAUAUCCGCCCCAAAAAGAAGCUAAAGUAAACUAUUGGUCAUCAACAGGCAUACAGAAAAGGAUAUUGUUAUAUUUGUUGGACAAAAUUCACAACAUAUUAGCCUGUAUCAUUCUUUUUGGUUCUCAAUAAAAAUUUAAUCACUUAUAAAAUUA